GGUAGUUGUAGCAAGCCUUGUGUUAAAGCUUCAGGACUAAGGAAACUGCCCAAGUUCCAAAUUCAAAGUCUUACACUUACAUACCAUAUAAAAAAACAGAGGGUUCGUAUCAACAUUGUUUCUAAAGAGUGCCUCCAUUUUACGGCUCGAAGAAACUCUCCGAUCAUCUCUCUCCCGUCAUCGUUGUGGUGGUGGUGGUGGUGGUGGUGGUGGUGGAAGGCGUUGGCAGUCCGUGCCGAGAGUGGUAGUAACUAGUGAGCUAAGAUGGGACCUGGUGGACCAGGAGGAGGAGGAGGACAUGGGGGACCAGGAGGAGGCGGCGGUUGGGGUGGUCCAGGAGGGCAUGGGGGUCCUGGAGGUGGAGGGCCUGGUUGGGGUGGUCCUGGAGGUGGGGGGCCUGGUUGGGGUGGUGGAGGACCCGGUUGGGGUGGAGGGCCGGGUUGGGGGCCUGGUCCUGGAGGUCCCGGAUUUUGGCCCGGACCGGGUGGAUUUUUCGGUGGGUUUGCCAAUGGCUUAUGCAGCAUGAUUGGUUCUUGCUUGUCCUGUCUUUGCUGUUGCUGGUUGUUUCAGGAUUGCUUCGGUGGGCCCGGUGGGCCUUAUGGGCCUCCUGGUGGUGGGCCACCUCCUUUCUGAUCUCUUGUUGAAUGUAAUUUGCUUGAAACUACUUUUGUGAUGUGUUAAACCCUAACGAACCUUAAAAGCCAUUGGCUUCCUAGUAUCUUUGUACUUUGAUUUCUUACACUUGAUAGUCUAAAUAAGUAAUAAUGAUGAAUAAAAUGCAAAUCCAUAUUGUGUA